GACGGUGGGGAAGAGCAGCAAGAUGCUGCAGCACAUCGAUUACCGCAUGCGCUGCAUCCUGCAGGACGGUCGCGUCUUCAUCGGCACCUUCAAGGCCUUCGACAAGCACAUGAACCUCAUCCUGUGCGACUGCGACGAGUUCCGCAAAAUCAAGCCCAAGAACUCGAAGCAGCCGGAGCGAGAGGAGAAGCGCGUCCUGGGGCUGGUGCUGCUGCGGGGAGAGAACCUGGUGUCCAUGACGGUGGAGGGGCCGCCCCCGAAAGAUACCGGCAUUGCCCGCGUGCCCCUGGCCGGAGCUGCAGGAGGACCUGGCGUGGGGAGGGCAGCUGGGCGAGGAGUGCCAGCCGGGGCCCCCAUGCCCCAGGCUCCAGCAGGGCUGGCCGGCCCAGUUCGGGGAGUGGGAGGACCAUCCCAACAGGUGAUGACGCCCCAGGGCCGCGGAACAGUAGCUGCAGCUGCUGCCGCGGCCACUGCUAGCAUAGCAGGAGCCCCAACGCAGUACACACCAGGCCGCGGGGGGCCUCCACCACCCAUGAGCAGAGGAGCACCUCCUCCAGGAAUGAUGGGGCCACCUCCUGGCAUGAGACCGCCCAUGGGUCCACCAAUGGGAAUGCCACCUGGCCGAGGGGCACCAAUGGGGAUGCCUCCCCCAGGAAUGAGACCGCCUCCCCCUGGGAUGAGAGGUCCCCCUCCUCCUGGCAUGCGCCCACCCAGACCCUAACAUGUGCUCUGCUGGCAUUAAGUGAACAGGACUGCUCGCUGGCUGCUCCUAUCCAACUGUAGCUGCAUUUCACCGUGUAUAUUUUCUAUUUAGUGACUGUAAGAUUUGUCCCUUUUUAAUAAAGUAGAAAACUUUCUAA